UCAUGCUGCUGCCAGGUCCAGAGUGUCUCAUGGGUCCCUGUACGGCCUCCCAUUGCUGCUGUCUCCAUCGCCACACUCUGCCAUGUGCCACUUUCAGGUCUCCUCACACUGCUGGUGUGUUCCAUUUUUUUGUCAUAGGGUGCUGGCAGAUUACGGGCCUCCCAUAGCUGCUGCCAGGCCCCUAAUCUGCCAUGGGCCCCUGUACCGCCUCCUCAUGCUGCUGCCAGGUCCAGAGUCUCUCAUGGGUCCCUGUACGGCCUCCCAUUGCUGCUGUCUCCAUCGCCACACUCUGCCAUGUGCCACUUUCAGGUCUCCUCACACACUGCUGGUGUGUUCCAUUUUUUGU